GUCGGAGUUCUCGAUCGCAACCGCGCUCGAUUCCCAUCAGAAAAGUUUAGCUCGCGCAAGCACCUUAAUACCCAGUGGGGAGCUCUUCGUGUCUUUGACGAAGCUUGAUACGAUAUCGGACCAUCCUGACGCGAGUAUACGAUCCAUCCACCAAGAUAGGAGCUAGGGCCCUGUCCCUUUUCGUACACCAUGCCGGCGGCAACUGCGAAACUUAGCAAGAAUCAACUGAGAAGGCAAAGGAAGAAGGAGAAGAAGAAUAAUGAGGACGCUGCUGAACCGAAGGUCGAGCCUUCAAAAGUAGAGCCCGAAACUGAACCAUCGACAUCAAAGGCACAUGAUGACAAGGAUUCGCAACUCUCACAAAUUUCGGUAGACCCUAACGAUCCCUUAUGGGAUAUGUACAAGGAUGUCAUAGGAAAGUUUGAGGAUACGGAAGGAGAAGGCGCCGCGCCCAAAGAGCCCGAAAAACCAGAGGUGUAUUACGACGAUGAUGACGAGGUUCCAGAUGAAGAGGAGAACCAGGCGCCCAAAUUAUCGAAGCGGAAACGGAAAGAAUUGAAUAAGCUCUCUGUUGCUGAACUUAAGGCAAUGGUGCACAAACCUGAGAUUGUGGAGUGGACAGAUACAUCAGCCCCAGACCCGCGUUUGCUCGUUCACGUCAAAGCCUAUCGAAAUGUCGUCCCUGUACCUUCACAUUGGUCGCUGAAACGGGAAUAUCUCUCUUCCAAGAGAGGUGUGGAGAAACCUCCCUUUGCGCUUCCCAAGUUCAUCCAGGAGACGGGUAUCGCUGAAAUGCGGGACGCCGCCCUUGAAAAACAGGAACAAGCAACUUUAAAGCAGAAGCAGAGAGAAAGAGUAAACCCGAAAAUGGGAAGAUUGGAUAUCGAUUACCAGAAGCUUUACGAGGCUUUCUUUCGAUUUCAGACAAAGCCCGAACUCACUCGUUACGGCGAAGUUUACUACGAAGGCAAGGAAUACGAGACGAAUCUCCGGCACUUGCGCCCUGGUGAGCUCAGUGACGAGCUAAAAGAAGCGCUCAAUAUCCCACCAGGCGCACCGCCUCCUUGGCUCAUCAAUCAGCAGCGGUUCGGACCCCCGCCGUCCUAUCCUGCUCUCAAGAUUCCUGGUCUGAACGCUCCUCCGCCCCCGGGAGGCAUGUGGGGUUACCAUCCCGGUGGCUAUGGAAAACCUCCAGUGGACGAGCAUAACAGACCUCUCUAUGGAGGUGAUAUUUUCGGUGUGCUGCAAACGCAGCAGAACGUGCAACAAGGGGAGCCGGUGGAGAAGGAUCUCUGGGGAGAACUACAGCCUCCAGAAGAAGAAGAGGAAGAGGAAGAAGAAAGCGAAGAGGAGGAAGAGGAGGAAGAGGAGGAGGAGGGUGACGAGGGAGGAUUGCAGACACCCAGUGGCUUGGAAACUCCCAGCGGUAUUGUUUCCGCAGUACCAACCGAAAUCGGAGGAACAGAGAGCAUAGCUGGUGAAUUCGAUGUGCGCAAGCAUGGUCGGGGAACAGAAACCGAGGAAUACACACAACCAAGAACUGCGUACCAAGUCAUUCCCGAACAGCAGACCCGCGUACACGGUUUCUUCGGAGGCGACAGAGCAUAUGAUCUCAAAGCAGCUCAGAGUCACAUUCCCGUUCUUGGGGCAGAAGACCAGAACCGGAAGAGGAAGAAGCCGGGCGAUGUUGAAGUGUCUGUUGAUCCGGACUCUUUGCAGGCUCAUGAUGGCAUCAAUAAGGAGGACCUUCAGGGUCUCUAUGAUGCGCAGAAACAGCAAGAGCAUCCUAAUUGGGCUUUUCAGGAGGAUCUCAGUGAUAUGAUUGCGAGUGAGAGUCGCAAGCGACUCAAGAAAGAUGAAGAGAGACGGAGUCGACGAUGAGCAGCUAUGAACCAUCGACAUAAGUCACAAUAAUAGGUCACAUUAAAUAAUGACAUGGUUUCUCUGUUACUAGUAAUCCGUGUUGUGUACUAGUACUGGCAUAGUAGUUUACAAAGCAUCCUUAAUACUCUUCUAGUACUAUCCUUGUUAGAUUGCACAGUGGCAACGAUUCUUAUCUUUGGAGUUAUAAUACGAUUUCGAUACAUUAUAGGCAGAAUAUUGAGCCCCCCUCCCCCUGUUUUAUAGAGCAAAUAUCACUAGGGGCACUGGUAGAUAACAGUCCAG